AUGCGAUCAAAAGUCAAGGAAUGUCCGCAGACUCUGAUAUAUCAGUGCUAUUUCGGGGAAUGGUCCCACGGCAAGAAGCAUGGGACUGGCUCUACAGGGAAACCUUUCUUCGACCUCAACCAAGUCCUGUCGGCUAAGGACUUGGACGCCAGUUUCGUUGACCAGUUCCAGCCAGAGUCCCUUGUCGAGUUCGUCAACGACCAGUUGGUGUUCACGACACAGUGGCUCUUUCAUGAGCAGGACGACGUGGCCGUGUUGGAGCGCACCAAGAAAGUCGUGCUGGAGGCGAUCAUGGCGGGGAGACAAGCAUUCCAGGUAGCAGAGAAGCUGAUCGCCGAGGAGAAGCUUGAAGCUCUCCUGGCCGAGAGCAAACAGAUCAGAGAGGAUCUGGUAGAGACAAGAGAGUUCAGGGACUCGAGCAGGCUGGACAAAUUGUUCAAGUCGACUGUUUUCUUGCAGAGAUGGUGGAGGCGGACGAGGAGUAGGAGGAAGUUGCCUGUGAAACCAGGAGGAGGAAGAGAGGACGAGGGUUUUCUUGACUUAAACCGGUCGGACUCGGAUUCUGAUCAGUCCAUGAAGCAAGAGGAGCAGACUGAAGUCGAGAAGUUAGUCGCUCUUUUUCAGGGGAGCGAGGAGCAGGACGUGGCAUGGCCCUCGGUCGUCUCACCUGCGAUGAGGAUGGUCUUGAAGACAACAAGCUCGUCAUAUCAGAAGAUGAUUGAGGAAUGUGGCAUCGUCGACCCUACUCCUUCGCUGAGCUUGCUGGUUUGCUCACGGGUUUGUUUGGUGGACAAAGAUGAGCUUCUUGAUGAAGUUUGCCUCGAGAUGAUGCAGAGCCCGCGGGAUAAGAAGUUGAAUCCGCUGCAUGUCUACUGCAUGAAUCCUUCGAUUACCCUCAAGGCAAGUGAACAAGACUUGAAGAUGGCAGAAGGAGAAAGGAAAGGAGAAAAAGACAAGGAGGACGAUGAGACAAGCAGGCAGAGAGAAGACGAGAGGGUUGUAGGAGGGAAGUACGAGGCAAGUAGUAGGGACGUAGGAGGGAAGUCUGCGUUCCAAGAGGGUGGGAGAGGGGAUGUUGAUGGUGUGAUUGCUUUUCAUGAGCAGGGAAUGAUUCUCAUCUGCUCGCACCCCUCAGCGCAUGUGAUGGUAACUACGAAGAACAAAUCACGAUGGAACCGAAUCCCCCUCCACGAUCUGUGCGGAAACAACUGUGCAAGCAACAAGAUCAUAGGGGUCUUAUGGGAAGACGAUCAAAAUCUUUCUGUCUUCCACAUCCUCUGUCAAACUCAAGCAAGAAAGAUCAACAGCGACGAUGACAAACAAGAUUCGAUGCGAGACCUCGAACAGCUCCUCAACAAACUUGUCCGAUCACCCGACGAUCUCAUGAGGUUUGGAGCUGUCGCUGCUCGAGAUCAUUCUGUUUUCACACAAGAGGCAAGCACGUUCUCAACAUGCUUCAUUGCUCCUUACUUCUGUCGACGUGUCACUCUCAGGAGUGCAAAGCUCUCAUCGUUUGAGGGAGACCUUCCUGUUCACCUGCUCGCGAGCAACGUGUCAGCGACCAGGCAGAUGUUCCAGAUCCUUCUCGAGGCCUUUCCAGAGUCCGUUAUGUCCUUGAACAGGAAAGGUCAGACCAUCCUGCAUCAAGUCUGUUCCAACUCUAUCUGCACUCACAUCGACGUUCUUGACCUGGUCUAUCGCAAAACUCUUCCUUGCCCCCUCCUUUCCGUCCUCGAGCAGGCUGAGACGAUGAAGGACUUUGUCGACAAGCAGCAGAAGGAGACUGAGAUCCGCAAAGUCGCUGCAAACCGUCGGAAAUCCUCCAUAGCGAAUCUCCGCCGCAGCUCCGGAGCCUCGACGUCUCCAUCACCCGGGGCAGCCGGCCCAGCACAAGAGACUUUGGACGAGGCGGCGUUGGAGAAGAUGCUGUUAGCGGUGAAGAAGAAGCUCCACAGGUCAGCAGCGAAGGAAGACCUCCACCAAGUCCUCUCUUCCUACUUCCAGCAUGCCUUCCAGCAGGAGGGUUCAGAGUACACCUCCACCUGGAAGAUGCUCCAUAUCGAGCUGAACCUCGAGCUCGAAAGGCUGUCGGUCGACAAGGCAGCUGUAGUGGACCUGCUCGUGGACGCGUACCCAGAAGCGCUCAACGUCGAGGCGCAGGAGUUGUCGGCUGAAGUUCUUCCACUCUCCUACUUCGUCGUCUCCUCCAGGGAAGUCCCGGACGUCAAGGGCCAGUGGUCUCAAGAUGACACCGCCGACUCAAGGCAGCGGCAAACCGACGAGACCUCCUCGGCAAGGCGAUGCUCGUAG